AUGACAGCUACUGACAUCAGCGACGCAGACGAUUUCUCACACAUGUUGACGAGAGCCGUCAACGCAGAGGUUGAGAAAAUUAUUGUUACCGGUGGAUCAGCGAGCGAAAGUAGAGACGCUUUAGAUAUAGUCCAAGGAUUUGAUAAUCUCUUUUCAACCGUUGGCUGUCAUCCAACCAGAUGUCAAGAAUUUGAAGCAGAUAAAGAUGGUCCCGAACACUAUUAUCAGAAUUUACUAGACAUAGCCGCGGACGCCAAGGAAAAGGUUGUGGCCAUCGGUGAAUGUGGACUCGAUUAUGAUAGAUUGCACUUUUGCCCAAAGGACGUCCAACUAAGAUAUUUUGAGAAGCAAUUUGAUCUCGCCGAGCAGACUGGUCUUCCAAUGUUUCUUCAUUGCCGUAACACGGGGGUGUUGCAUUCUUUCACCGAUAGCAUCGAUGUAAUGGAACGUGCAGUUGCAAUGGGAUUGUAUAUUGGCAUCAAUGGAUGUUCACUCAAGACCCAAGACAAUCUCGAUGUAGUCAAGAGAAUACCCGAAGACAGGUUAAUGAUAGAGACAGAUGCGCCAUGGUGCGACAUGCGCCCAACUCACGCAUCAUAUUCUCAUUUAAAAUCUAUUCCAAAAACUGUACUCGAUCUCUACGCUCCGCCAUCAAGAAAGAAAGAGAGAUUCGAGGAGGGACUGAUGGUAAAAGGACGAAACGAACCUUGCUGUGUUGGUCAAGUACUACACGCUCUUGCGUCAAUCCGCGGAGUAGAUGCCCAAUAUCUUGCAGACAAAAUAUAUGAAAAUACCGUGCGCGUAUUCUUUACACAGUGA